GCUAUAAUGAAAUAGCGGGGAAAAGGUGCAGGUUCAAACAUAUUAAUACAAAAGGUAAUGUGACCACAGUGCGUCCGGAAAAAAGCAGCUAGCAACAUUACGGGAUUUGUUUUGGCCUGUGUCGGUGAAAACGUAACGUUGACGGGAUGGACGCUUUCCCCCAUAACGGAGAAGUUGCGGAAGUUUCCGACAAACUGGAGAAGUCUUUAUCCAUGGACACAGGUGACAGGAUGGAAACUUACCAAAGAUUCAUUCGAGAGGGCAAAGCUGUUGCCAGACAUGGAGACAUGCACAAAGCGCUAGAGUUCUUCAAACUGGCGUACAAUAUUCACCAGAGUCAAAAACUUGAAAGCAGGAUGAAGAAAAUCAAAGACUUUCUUGCUCAAAAUGACUCUGAGGAAGAAAAUAAUGAGUUUGUCAACGUCAACAACAGUGGUUUAAUGCUUUUCAAAGAGCUCCAUGAUAAACUUUAUGAUUACCAGAGAAAUGGAAUCACCUUCUUGUACAGUCUUUACAGAGAUAAUCGUAAAGGUGGGAUCUUAGCAGAUGACAUGGGUCUGGGUAAAACCAUUCAGGUGAUAUCCUUCCUUUCUGGCAUGUAUGAUAAUAAGUUGGUUAAACACACACUGCUGGUCAUGCCAACUUCACUCAUCACUAACUGGACCAAGGAAUUCGCCAAAUGGACCCCUGGUAUGAGGGUCAAGGAGUUUCAUGGUGACAGCAGAGAGAGAACCAGGAAUUUAGAGAAGGUCCAGAGGCAGGGUGGCGUCAUCAUCACAACAUACACCAUGCUCAUUAACAACUGGCAGCAACUGUCGUUGUACCAUGACAAAGAGUUCACAUGGGACUACAUGAUCCUGGAUGAGGCACACAAGAUUAAAAGCCCAACUACCAAGACAGCCAAAAGUGCCUCUGCUAUACUGUCUAAAAACAGAGUUCUUCUCACAGGAACUCCAGUGCAGAACAACCUGAGAGAAAUGUGGGCGCUGUUUGACUUCGCCUGUCAAGGAAGUCUUCUUGGAACUGCUAAAACCUUCAGAUCUGAGUAUGAGAACCCCAUCACCCGUGCCCGGGAGAAGGACGCCACUCCAGGGGAGAAGGCUCUUGGUUUUCGCAUGUCUGAGAACCUUAUGGCCAUAAUAAAACCCUAUUUCCUUCGCAGGACCAAAUCAGAAGUGCAGAAAAACAAAAUGAACUGUGCUCCUUCAGUGGAACAAGCAGACAAGCAGAGCCACAAUCCUGAAAAUGACUCCGGAGCAGCCAUGCCCACGCUGACGAGGAAGAAUGACUUGAUCAUCUGGACCUAUUUGAGCACUGUUCAGGAAGACAUAUACAGGCAGUUCCUUUCACUAGACCACAUUAAGGAGCUGCUCGUGACCACCAGAUCCCCCCUGGCUGAACUAACCAUUCUGAAAAAGCUGUGUGACCACCCAAGAUUGCUGUCAACUGGAGCCAUAGCCAAGUUGGGCCUGGAGGAACGUGCAGCUGAGAGCCAGUAUAUGGACAAUGUAGAUCCUGACAGUCACAGCAUCUCCAACGUUCCUGAUGACACCUUAAUAUCAGAGUCUGGGAAGCUUGUUUUUCUGUUUGCACUCCUUGACCAACUCAGGCAAGAAGGCCACCGCACACUGGUCUUUGCUCAUUACAGGAAGGUGCUUGACAUCAUUGAACGCAUUCUGGGCAACAGAGGCUUCAAGGUCCUGAGACUAGACGGCACGAUAACACAGAUUGUAGAGAGAGAGCGGCUUAUUUCCUUGUUCCAGCGAGAUGAGCGUUACUCUGUCUUCCUUCUGACCACCCAGGUUGGUGGGGUUGGCAUUACCUUGACUGCAGCAACCAGAGUAGUCAUCUAUGAUCCAAGCUGGAACCCAGCGACAGACGCCCAGGCCGUUGACAGGGCGUAUCGCAUCGGGCAAACCGAAAACGUUGUCAUAUACAGGUUGAUUACCUGCGGCACAGUGGAGGAGAAGAUUUACAGACGACAGGUUUUCAAAGACUCCCUUAUCAGACAGAAUACCGGAGACAAGAAGAACCCGUUUCGAUAUUUCAGCAAACAGGAGCUGAAGGAGCUGUUCACUCUUGAGGACACGCGGUGCUCGUCCACACAGCUGCAGCUUCAGGCCCUGCAUUCUAGACACCGAUGGACGGACCCCGAACUGGACGAGCACAUUGCUCACCUACACGGCAUGGACAUGUUUGGCAUCUCUGAUCACGAUCUCAUGUUCUCACUUGAUGUCAACCAGGAAGAGGCUCCAGAAAACCUGGAGGAGCACCAGUACAUCGAAGGUCGAGUUCAGAAGGCGCGAGAGCUGAUGAAGGCAGAAUCGGAGUUGCAAAUGCAGCUGGCAGAGACCAUGGCAGAGGGCACAGAACCAGCCUGGCUCAGACGGCCAACGGACGCCAAUAGCAAAGUCACACAACCAAGCCCUUCGCAUUCACAAAUUGACAGCAACUUUAAGGGCUCACCAGCUGUAGUGGACUUGGAUCAGUCGAGUUCUGACAAGGAGAACAGCCUAUGGAAUCAAAGUAACCACGUUAUUCAUCUAACUGCAGAUGAGAGUAUGAGAGAGAAUCAACCUGCUGUAGACGUAAGCCAGGACGGAGCUGACACCACUGACCAGGCGGUUCCCCAGAGGUCUGUAAUGGAGGCUACAUAUGCUGCAGACAUCUCUGGUCAGGAACUACUGCGCCGGACUGUCACUUCUGAGGCUGCAGACGUCUGCGUGCAGGAACGACUGGACCGGUCUGUCACUUCUGAGGCUGCAGACGUCUGCGGUCAGGAACGACUGGACCGGUCUGUCACUUCUGAGGCUGCAGACGUCUGCGUGCAGGAACGACUGGACCGGUCUGUCACUUCUGAGGCUGCAGCAGGUGAAGGAAGUCUACUAUAUAUUACAACAGUUGUAGAACAUGAACAGCCGAUUACCAGGACCCUACAGUCCCUGUACGGCACCAAGAUAGAUCCGAGCUGUCCUAUCACACAACUGAAGAACAAAAAACUGUCUGUCUUGCAGGCAUCAAAUUCAAGCUUCAAAGCAGACGCAUCAUCCAGAGUGAGCACUGGGGUUGAGUCCUUUGAAGGCAACUUCAAUUUGCAGCUGGAAGACAGUGACAUGUUUUUAGACCAUGAAGUUGUCAAUGACCAAGAGAGCGAAGCUGAGGAAAGGAAGCUGCUGUCACAGUUGCAGAUGGAUGGGACAUUUGAUGUCAAUAAGUCUCUUUCUGAGAUGCAACACAGAGAAGCACUGGGCAAUAAAAUGCACGAGUCGAUGAAUGAUUCUGUUAUAAUAAUUAGAAAAAAACGAGUUGCAGUAAUUUACGAUAGUGAAGAUGAAGGUGAUGUUGAGAGGCAGGAUUUGGUAAAGGGUCAACUUGAAAACUCCUUCAAGGCGCUUGGUGCCUCAACACCUAAAUCGGUUCCCUCUGCUUCCCCUUCUUUGAGACGGAGCGGUAGAGGAAACACCUCUGUGGCUUCUCAUCUGUCACUACUACAGUCAAUCAUCCAAGACCUGGACAACCAGCAGGACAUGGUUGAUGAAAAGGAAGCAAGUGAUGAUGGAGAUGGUUCAAAGAAGUAUUCUGAUGAGGCUGAAGAGGAGGAGGACAUCAUUGGCCAUGACUAUGAGCUUCAGCUGGAGGAAACAACUGGAAUGACCAUAAACACAGAGGAGGAAAUGAGCAGCAAUCUUGAGUUAUCAACCAGUGAACCAGAACUUGAAUCCACAGAGCGGAUGGAGCAGUGCACCAUUGAUUCAGGAGUCACCACCAAUGUGUUUGAGCAAUCUGAGAGCUACCACUCCUUAGUAUGCAGAGGGAGGCAGAGCUACAGUCAGGGGAAGCUGGAUGACGCGCUGGGCUUCUUCCUGAGAGCUAUCGACAUCCAGCCUGGAGAUCCCGAAAUUCAGCUCAUGACCAUCCAGCUAUACCGACAGCUCAGCCAGAGAACGUAGCAUAUCCCAGGACUCCUGAGGGAACAGCGUGCUAGGUUUUGUCUUGGUACUUAAUUUUUUUUAUUGUCUUCUGGUGCUCGAUGACUUUGUUUCUUCUUUAUUUCUUUAACAUAUCUGGAACUACAAUGAGCAGGUGUUAAUCAGUCAACUGUUUUCUGCUUUAUAUAUGUAAGUGUAUCAUAACAUAUAACAUAAUGAAUAUGAGGCAGAGUCACAAUGUAGAAAACCUUUGAGCCAAAGAAACCGUGUGAUGCCCUGACAUGUUUUGGGACAGAAUGGAGCCAAGUGGUUCAGAGGAGGAAUGAAUGUACUCAAUCCAGGCUUCCACAGAUCCACAGAUUAUCUUUAUUGAUCAGAUAAAUUCUGGUUAUUAUGCAAUAACUAUAUGUUCUGCAUGUUUCAAUCUAUGGCUAAAGGUUUCAACUGGUGACAAUGUUUUAAUGUCUUGUUUCAAAACUUAAAACAGAAAUAAUUCUGGAGUUGAAGUCAGAAUAUUAACAUUUCAGUCUCAACAUUCCAACUAAUAAAAUGUGUUCGAAAAUGAUCCAUUUCUUAUAUGUGCAGGAUGUCCAAUGUCGCACAGAUAUUAUUUCUUACCAGUAUGUUGCAGUGGU